GUUCUACUGUAUCAUUAUUGUCCAUAAUUUGUAUUCGCCGGCACGUCAUCUGUUCCUAGCCAUGCCGCCCCCUAUGAGCUUGCCGCCUGACGUCUUACAGACUAUACCGUGGGAAGAAUCGGACCUCAGUUCAGUUGUACUGACCUGUCGCUUGUUUCAUCAGCUUUUUACGCCUCGGCUUUAUGACAACUUUACAGCAGAAGCGGAUUAUCUCGACUUGCGAUAUCCUGGCUUAGAUUUCCCAGAAUUUCUCUUUCUCCGAACGAUACGAAACUGCCCUACGCUGGCAUCCUUUGUCCAGGAUCUCUCUCUCACCCUUGUAGGGUUGAGCUAUUGGGAUCACGAAGAUUUUCGGCGGGUGGCGCGUGAUCUUGAGAUCGCAGCCGAUUUUCAUACAGUCGCACUUCCGGCCGGUCCGAGCGCUCAAACCCCGACCGAGGACAUGGUACUGGGAAAGCAAGAAUCAGCCAUUCACCAAGAAGGUGUAGGAGAACCCUUGAGCGAGAGGCAUGGUUCCGAUCGAGAUGCUGAAGGUAAUAUGUACAGCGAGGAGCAAUUCUUGGAGGACUUUGGGUGUGCUCUCUUGUCAAAACUACCUCAACUCCGGCGCCUGACACUAAUGUACGAUCGAAUGAGACUCUUUGACCGCUUCGCACACUUUGCGUAUCUGGAGGAAGUCAAUAUUGAUUCGGCGCGUAUCCCGGUCCGAGCUGCCGGCAACGAGCUGUUCGAAGACGCCGUGAGGCUUCUCGGCCUCCCCAAGAUCCGAAAAUGGUCGCUGUCCUGUGCGGAGGUCUCUGAGUCCGCAAUACGAUGUAUUCCGCCACAGUCCUCACCAGUGCAAGAAAUCAGCAUAUCCUGCCCCAACAUCCCAGCCCGAGAUUUUCAUUACUUGAUGGCUAUCCCGAAGGCUUUGAAGGUGUUUCGUUGGAAUUUAAAAGCCUGGACAUGUUACCUCAUGUCGGAGGGCACUCUACCGGUCCAUGAACAGUGGAUGGAGGCGGGACGAGAAGUUGACGACAGCGACCCAGAUUCUGGUAAUCAUCACGAAGACAUUGUCGACAGCGCUGAGAGUGAAGGGCAUACGGAGUGCCAAACGCUCUCCCCAGCCUCGAUGUUUUCGUCCUUGAGGCAUCUACAGACAAGCCUCGAGGAAAUCAGCGUUGAGUAUGCUUUUAUCGGAAGCUGUAGUCAUGCAGAUCCUGGGCCGUCUUCUCUGGACGACUUUACCAAUUUGAAGAAACUCAGUAUUUCACCCCAGAUACUGCGGGGAUUCCACGGAUGUACCGACCAAGAAACAUGCGCAACUGAGUGCACCCACUUACACCCUCCACGCCGAGCUGUGGAUCACCUUCCACCUAACCUGGAGCGACUCGACCUCUGGAUGCAGGUGGACGCAGAUGAGGUUGCCGAUCUAGUCACCCAUACGCUGAACGUAGGUAUCUCCACGCUCCGAGAGAUCGUCCUCCACAGCACCAUCCACCUUGCCGACGAACUGGAGAUCGAAGAUGACAGUGCUAGAAAGCAUCGUCCGAUGACGACUAAGAGGUACUACGAGCUUCGUGCGGAAUGUGACUCGUCGAAAGUGGCUCUGCUCUCAUGUUGCUAUGAGGCUUGUCUGGAGGAACUUGUCCAAAGUGCCAAAUGUCGUGUUCAUUCAGAUCAAAUCCCAUCAGACAUGGCCGUGGACGAGAGGGCUGCUGCACAAAGCUGGCAGGGAAUGCAUCCGAUAGCGCAGAAUCUGAUGACAUUGAAGGCGCUAAGUCGCUCAAAUCAAUCGGAGUUGCCGGCGUGAGAACGGAAUUGUCGAGGAGGCUUUGGCGCGCGCGGAAUAUAAGCGAGAACUCCUUGUCACAAACUCAUAGAACUAGGUGUUUCAGAUGACAUCGGUAUUGUAAUUUGAUUAUACAAGUAUAGCUACGGGUGGGAGUGGCGAGCCACGUUCUUUCAAAUCCAAAUGUCGAAGUCUCUGAGCUUGUGGCGAAAACAGUCGGAGAGUUCCAGAAGCCGUGAUCAUCAGUAGAUGUCACUUACGAUUAUUGCAGAGGGUUCGACCGGCGGAGGAAAGGUCGUAGAGUUCGGUAAGGCGCCGAAGGGGGCUGGGCAAUUCUCGGAGUCGUGAUUGUUGGGCGAUGUCAUUCUCGUACAGUACAGAGGGUUCGACCGGCUGAGGAAGGCUCGCACAGUUUGGCAAGCCGCGAGGACAGUAUGGGAUAGGGCGAGGAUUGGAAGACUGUAUAGGUCUCGGAGUAACCUCCAUGAAUGAGGAGCUUUGCCGUCCACAGGCGUCUGUGAGUCUCAGAGACCAUUCUCCAUCACCCUCCUUUCCUAAUGUCGGCCAAUCCAGCUCUGCUAGACGUGGAAGAUAUUUUGGCUUCUUGUGAUGCUCAUCGGAGUGGCUCAAACAUUUGUUAGAGAGAAAAUGGCUU